CCUUGCUUAUAAAUACCCAACACCCUUCUGGGUUUUUCUUCAUUGUAUCAACUCACUGCACUAUUAACCAAAGCUUGGGCAUUUUCUCGGAAAACAAAAACAUGAGCUAUUCACAACAUGCCAUGGGAUCUGGUAGUAGAACUACCAGAAAGACGUUCGAGUUUGGAAGGACACAUGUUGUUCGACCAAAAGGAAAACACCAGGCAACUAUCGUCUGGCUUCAUGGCCUUGGUGACAACGGUUCAAGCUGGUCCCAGCUGUUGGAAAGUCUUCCUCUUCCAAAUAUAAAAUGGAUUUGCCCCACAGCUCCCACUCGUCCGGUGGCCAUACUAGGGGGAUUUCCUUGCACUGCAUGGUUUGAUGAUGGUGAACUCUCAGAAGAUGGUCCGGAUGAUUGGGAAGGUUUAGAUGCUUCUGCAGCACAUAUUGCAAACUUGUUGUCAACAGAACCAUCUGAUGUUAAGGUCGGUAUCGGAGGCUUUAGCAUGGGUGCUGCAAUGGCCGUCUACUCUGCAACUGCUUAUGCUCUUGGAAGGUAUGGAAAUGGCAACCCAUACCCCAUCAACCUAAGGGCGGUUAUCGGACUAAGUGGAUGGCUUCCUGGUUCUAGGGGCUUAAGGAACAAAAUAGAAGUAUCACAUGAAGCCGUGAGGCGCGCCGCAUCCUUGCCGAUUUUGCUUAGCCAUGGAACCUGUGAUGAUAAUGUCCCCUACAAGUACGGAGAAAAAUCUGCCCAUUCGUUGAGUGUAGCAGGAUUCCGAAACCUCACAUUUAAAACCUAUGAAGGGAUUGGUCAUUACACAGUCCCGAAAGAGAUGGACGAGGUCUGCAUUUGGCUUACAGCAAGGCUGGGGCACGAGGGAACCCGUUAACUGUAGCACGACAUCAGAAUAUAGUUGAAGCGGGUGGCACGAGAAGCAACAGUUAAA